ACCGCGGGCGGCAUUCCCGGCAGCGGGGCGGGGGCACCGGAGCCGCCUCCCCGCGGGCGGCACCGCCGAGCGCCGGCCCCGGUCCGGCCGGAGCAUCCUCGGCAUUCCCGGGGGUCCAGAGCAGCCGGAGCCGCCGGGUCCGGUCCGGUCCGGUCCGGUCGGGGCGUCCGCGGAGGUUCCGGUGGGUCCGGUCCGGCCGUGCGCGGAGGCUCCGCCGCCGCUCCCGUCCCGCUCCCCGCCAUGAGCUCCGCGCCCUGCCCGCCCCGGGAGCCGCCGCGCUACCUCAGCCGGGCGGAGGCCGAGGCCAUGGAGAAGGAGCUGCUGGAGGAUUAUCGCUUCGGGCGGCAGCAGCUGAUCGAGAUCUGGGGCCACGCGUGUGCCGUGGCUGUCACCAAGGCGUUCCCGUUGCCGUCGCUGCCGCGCCGCCAGCCCACGCUGCUCGUGGCGUGCGGGCCGGCGCAGAACGGGGCCAUCGGGCUGGUGUGCGCCCGCCACCUCCGCAGCUUUGAUUACGAGCCCACCAUCUUCUACCCCAAGCGCUCCCCGGACCCGCUGCACCGCGACUUCACCACGCAGUGCGAGAAGAUGGACAUCCCCUUCCUGUCCUACCUGCCCACCGAGGUGCAGCUCAUCAACGACGCCUACAACGCCGUGGUGGACGCGGUGCUGGGAGCCGAGGGGACAGAGGGGACAGCGGGGACAGAGCCCUGCGCGGCCAUCCUGGCCACGCUGCGGCUGGUGCGCAUCCCCAUCGUCAGCCUGGAUGUGCCCUCAGGGUGGGCGGCGGGCCCGGGUGGCAGUGGGGACAUCAGCCCCGACGUGCUGGUGUCGCUGGCGGCCCCCAAGGAGGUGGCGCGGCGCUUCCAGGGACGGCGACAUUUCCUGGCCGGGCGCUUCGUGCCCGAGGAGCUGCAGCGGAAAUUCGGGAUCAGCCCCCGCGAGUACCCGGGCAGCGACUGCGUGGUGGCCCUGUGACCCCAAAUAAAUCACCCCCGGGACCCCAAAUAAAUCACCCCCGGGACCCCAAAUAAAUCACCCCUGUGACCCCAAAUAAAUCACCCCCGGGACCCCAAAUAAAUCACCCCUGUGACCCCAAAUAAAUCCCCCCCGGGACCCCAAAUAAAUCACCCCUGUGACCCCAAAUAAAUCACCUCCGGGACCCCAAAUAAAUCACGCCCGGGACCCCAAAUAAAUCACCCCCGGGACCCCAAAUAAAUCACCCCUGUGACCCCAAAUAAAUCACCUCCGGGACCCCAAAUAAAUCACGCCCGGGACCCCAAAUAAAUCACCCCCGGGACCCCAGAAAACACCCUGUGACCCCAAAUAACCCCCGGGACCCCAAAUAACCCUGGGGGUCCUGGGACCCCAAAUAAAGCCCUGGUGGCCUUGUGACCUCAAA